AUGCCAUCCAAGAGACGUCGUCUCGCCUCACCUCCCAGGCACGGCUUAUCCUUUAACUUCGAUCUUGAUACCAACGCUCUGCCACCCCCAUCUGUUACGAGAGAUAGGGGCGCACCGCCCGGUACCAAAAGUUUCAGCAGAGAUAUCACUCUUUACAAGCCGGAAAUCGCAAAGGCCGCUCAGAUUGAGUUCUCCGAGCCCUCUGACCAGACAAAGGCCAUCAUGCGCUAUGCCAUCGAGAGACCAGCUGUCGACAGAACACUUGCCUCUAUAUCUGAGCCUCGACUAUAUAGCGAGGGUGGCAUAAGCAGGGCGAUCACAGCGACUGCCGCAGGCCCUGCAGUUGAGGCUGGAGCCGAGCACAACAACAAGAAAAUUCUUGACCCUUUAUCUGGAGAAGCCCCUGACGCCAAACCGACUCCCGUGGCCACCGUGAUGACAGCAAAAGAGCUAACGGCACGCAAGCAUCAUGACGAGCUGCAAGAGGAGAAGAGGGUCCAACACAAUCAUUCUGCUCAGAUCGCAGCCAGGUCCAGAGGCAAACGUCUUGCCGAAGCGCUUGAUAAGAUUGAAGAGGGAGAUUUGCAAGCAAGUGGUGUUGACCGCGGAUACGUGGCUAGAGUUGACCCCAGCCCGGCCGUCCGCCCGAUUACUCCUCAUCGCACAUCCCCAUGGCUCAAGUCAAUACUCAAGAGCGAAACCAGGGGUACAGCUCCGCCUACCAAGCGCGUACACUUCUUGACUCUGGAAACGCUGGUUGACCACACGAGCAAACAUCUAGAGCGUUACAACAACAAGAGAAUUUCUGGUCCGGUACUGAGCAUCUCAUUUGCUCUCGUUCACGCCUCAUUGUCGUCAUCCCCUCCGAAUUCCGCAAAACUGCUCUCCGCCCUCCAGGAUUUCAAGGCGGCGGUCGAGAAAUCAUUGAGAUUACUGCAAGCAUUUGUGCAGAUAGCAGCUGGUACCACAUCAUCAAUCACUGAUGCAAAGACAUGGAACAUGGCCAGAGGGCAAUUCGCACUUUCGCGUCGUUACCUCCGCCUAUUCAAGUGGAUAGACUUCAGUCAAGCGUCCACAAUAACCUGGACCUCUUCUCCACCUUCAUCCCGCCGCGUCCUCGCGACUGCCAAAAAUAUGCUUUUGGCUAUAUAUUUUUUCAUGGAGAUGUUCUGUAUCACCAAUGCAAUGGGCAUCACCACCUCUUCAUUCUUGACAGCUUUACAACAUCAUGCCCUCCAAGUUUGGUUUUUCGCUAUAAGCACCUCCCUUUUACUCACGACUCAUGACUACCUUUCUCAAAACAUGUCGUCCGCGACUUUGGCUUCUGACCUCGUACUCGAUUGCUGCGAUAUCCUCAUCCCUGGCUCCGCGGUCGGCUGGAUACCGGUGGAUUCCGUGACCGUGGGGAUCGCUUCCAGUAUCAGUAGCAUCAUCGCAGGCCAGCAGAUCUGGGCACGAGUACAAAAGGAAGCCAAGGACAAGGAAAUGAGAAAGAGAGAAAAGUCGAUGAGGAAAGUGAGAUUUGAGAAAGGGACCAAGGUGUCCGAGGAAGAAGAAGAAUUGAGUGAGAAGGAAGGGAAGGAGGAAGAGGCGAGUAAUGGCGUGGUUGAUGGGAGUGUCAAGGUUUUGGCUAAUGCUGCUGGUGGUGCAAAUGGAGGUGUGAAGAAGAGAUCGAAGAAGGCGUAGGAUGUAGAUGUGAUGAAUCGGUAGAUCUAUCUAGGUAUACACAUGUACAUGC